AUGGUUAAAGGCCACAGGUCCUUGGGUUCGCUGGUCACGGUCUGGCCCUUCCUGGUGGAAUUUCUGUUCCUUUGCCAAAGAGGAUGGACCAUCAAUUUGCAUGCAGAUGCCCCCACUGUGUAUUCUGGCCCUCCUGGAAGCUAUUUUGGAUUUGCCUUGGACUUCUUCCAGGACAGUAAAGGAAGCAUGAAUGUAGUCGUGGGGGCCCCUCGGGCCAACACAUCACAGCCUGGUGUGAUAGAAGCAGGUGCUGUGUAUAUGUGCCCUUGGAAGCCUAAUGGUAGUAAAUGCAUCCCUAUUGAGUUUGAUACUAAAGGUGAUCAAGUGGCAAAACUUGGUCUCAUUACUGUGAAAACCUUCAAGUCUAAACAAUGGUUUGGAGCAUCUGUAAAGACAUGGAAACAAAAUAUCAUGGCCUGUGCUCCACUGCAACACUGGAAUGCCAUGGACAAUGAGGAAGAGACUACCAAAACUCCAGUGGGCAGCUGUUUCUUGGCCACAGGAGACCGUCAGAAAUUUUCUGAAUACUCUCCAUGCCGUAAUAUCCAAAUGCACUCUGUUUACAAUUCAAGCUUAGGUGGAAAUGACAAGCGCUACUGUGAAACUGGAUUCAGCUUCACCAUCUCUCAGUCUGGGAGGGUGUUGCUUGGCGCACCAGGUGGAUAUUACUUCACAGGUUUGUUCUAUUCAGUUGCCCUAUCAGAGAUUGAAAUAAAAUAUCCUCGUUCAUCUUCUGCUUUGCUGUGGUACGUGAGCUCAGAACUGGUAACAGAGGAUUAUAGAAUGAAGAAAUACCAGGAUGGAUACCGGGGGUACUCUGUGGCUUUGGGGGAGUUUAAUGAAGACUCAACAUCAUCAGAAUAUGUAGUGGGCAUUCCUAACAUGAGCCUGACACAAGGAGGGGUGGAAAUUCUUACGAGGACCUAUAAAUUCCACAUUCUCUGGACUCUCCUCAAUGAGCAGGUGGCAUCAUAUUUUGGGCAUACAGUGGCAGUUGCUGAUAUCAAUGGAGAUGGGAAAGAUGACAUUUUAGUGGGUGCCCCCCUUUUCAUGGAGCGCCGCUCAGAUGGGAAACUCUAUGAAGUAGGAAGAGUUUAUUUAUACCUACAGCGGAAGAGCCCACGCCCUUACAGAACUCCUUGGCAGAAGUUGACUGGCACAGAUACCUAUGGCCGUUUUGGCAUGGCUAUUGCUCCUUUGGGUGAUAUAGAUCAGGAUGGCUACAUUGACAUAGCUAUAGGAGCACCCUUUGCAGGCCAAGAUGGAGGUGGCCAGGUUUACAUCUACCUUGGGCACAGUGAAGGAUUGAGUGCAUCUCCAAGCCAGAUCCUCAAGAGUCCCUUUUCUGAGUCUGCUGGUUUUGGCUUUGCCAUCCGUGGAGCCUCUGACAUAGAUGUUAAUGGUUAUCCUGAUGUGCUAGUUGGUGCUUUCAGGAUCAACAAGGUGGUUGUCUACAGAGCUCAGCCGAUGAUUAUACUCAAAGCCCACCUUUCCAUACCUGAUGUGCUUGAUUCAGAGAUGAAAACAUGUCCAGGAGAACAGGCUAGCUGCUUCAACAUUCAGAUGUGUGUAGGAAUGUCGGGAAAGAACAUUCCAUCAGAAAUUGAAUUAAAUACAGAGUUACAGCUGGACCAUAUGAAGCAGAAAUUUGGGAGGCGGCUUUUCUUGCAGCAAACCAACCAACCAAGCCAGAUAUUCCAACUGAAACUGUCCAGAAAAAUUCCCCUGACCUGUAAGAAUGUCACGGUUUACUUACGGGAUCAAGCUGAUUUCAAAGACAAACUGAGUGCCAUUGUUGUGAGCCUCAACUUCAGUUUGGCAUCCUUCUCCAGAGCUGGAAUUCUGCAACCUAUUCUGUCUGGCCAAUUGAUUGUCCAGGAACAGACCCGCAUCAUUCUAGACUGUGGAGAAGACAACAUCUGCAUUCCAGAUCUCAAACUCUCUGCUCACACGAAUGAAGCUUUCCUGCUUGUUGGGGCCGAGAAUGUGGUUCUCAUCCAAAUUACAGCAACAAAUGCUGGAGAAGGAGCCUAUGAAACUGAGUUAGUGGUGGAGCUGCCAUUUGGGGCUUACUUCCAAAGAGCUAACAGCAGUGCACAGAAACUGAUCUGUAAUUUCCGCAAGGAGAAUGAAACACGAUUGGUGGCUUGUGAAGUGGGCAACCCAAUGAAAUCCCAUACAGAGAUCAAAUUGGAUUUGGAACUAAGUAUUAGCCAGCUAGAAGAUGCCAAUAACAGCAUUGUCUUUGUGCUGCAACUCAAGAGUAAGAAUAGCCGUAACCCCAACAGCAAUAUAAAAUGGUUGCAGGUUCCACUCAAGGUUGAUGCACAGGUAGAGCUGUUUGGAAUCUCUAUACCAGCUGCAACUGUGCUCCCAUGGACUCUUGAGGACUUUAAAAACAAGAGCAAUGAAGUCGGUGACUAUGGACCGAAAAUAGAGCAUAUCUAUCGGUUGCAGAAUGCAGGCCCUAGCACAGUAUCUGGAGCUGAUCUGCUUGUGUAUUUCCCCAGUCACUUCUGGAAAGGCUUUUUGCUUUACAUCACAAGAGUGAGCACAGAAGGCAACAUCAUCUGUUCAUCUACAAAUGAGACCAACCCUCUAAAGCUAAAAGUCCAGGAGCCCACAAUUGCUCCCAGCAACCUGACUAUUCCCUCAUGGCGUUGGCAUGAGAGGCGUGAUGUCAGCCUUUCAACAUUCAAGGAACCCAUUGAGAAUUGUAGCAGCCAAUUGUGUGCUGUCGUCCACUGCCAGGUGGGAACGCUAGAGAAGGACCAUGGAGCUAUGGUGACUAUUCAUUCAGUACUGUGGCUGCCACGUUUACAGGAGCACCUUCUUAUCCAAUCCCAGGCCCAGUUUAUUGCCACAGGGAUGCCUUACAACAUUCAGCCAGAGGUUCUACCCAGUGGGACUGCCCUGGCUACAACAUUAGUCGAAUGGGUGAACCCUGAUGCCGAGAGAGACAUCCCUGUAUGGUGGAUCGUAACAGCUGUGUUGGUGGGACUUCUCCUCCUUGCAGUCUCCAUUAUUGUUCUUUGGAAGACAGGCUUUUUCAAGAGAAAGCGACCACCCACCGAGGAUGAAGAGCAGCUAACUCAUGAUUCUGGAGUUCAGUCAGCUGGAGCGAGGCAAUAGGGUAUUCUAUUCCUCCCAUAUCUAAUCUCAUUAUUGAAUGGAUCUAUUCCUUUCCUGCUCAUAUUCUCUAGUGUUCAGAUACCAGCAACAGGCAGUUUGUAGAGAAUGUAAUUUACUCACUCCCUGGAUGUGCAAGUCACAUUUUUAUCAGCUCCUCGAUUUCAGAAAUCAUGUCCUGGCUGCAAAGCUUUGUUAUAAACCCACCAAAUGGAUUACCAACUGCAGAUUCAAAAACUCAUCUAUUUAUAAUAAUAAACAGCUAAUGGAAGAUAAUGUUAUAAAAAUUCAAUGCUUUAAAGAAUCCUUCACAACCUAACUUAAAAAUAAACGUUUUGCUUAUUAAAGGGAAAGUCAGUGGGUAUAAAAAAUUGCCUAAUGUAUUAAAUGCACAUGAAAUGUGUCUGAUUCCAUCAACAUUCUUGCAGCUAGGAAAAUUCUAAUUUUCUUUUAAAUAAUGAUAUUUUUGUAUAGUGUACUUUGUUCCUUUUUAUAUCAUUUCCCUUUAUUAUAUAAAUCUGUUGCAGACUGUAGUAUUCCUUAAUAAUUAAGGUAUGAACACUCUUGUAAAAAAUCUGUGGGCUGAUCUGAGAAACUAUUAACUAUUCCUCAUUCAUAACCAAUCGGUUUCCAGGUACAAUUCCUUCC